AAUACUCAUCUCUACUGCUACACUCACACUCACAUCACACGUCAGUAGCGGCAUCUUGAGGAAAUAUUUAGCGGGUGGUAAGCGUGUGAAGGGUGCACGUCCAACAAAAAACAUUGAAUUCUGAAUUCAGCUUGCUUGCUUCGUAAUCUGUGGCUGGUUUGGUUCUCUGUUGCUCGCCUCUGCCUGUGCGAUAGAUGCCAAGCGAGCGUAGUAAUUUUAUUUUCAAAACGUAGUUUAUUGUAAAAAUUUAAUAUAAAUUUCUGUGAUCUUCUAUAGAAAAAAAUAUUUUAAUCGCAAAUUGAUACACGAAUUAAGUGCAUUGAUUUUUGUUAUCAGGUUGAUUGGUAUAUCCGAUGGGUUCCUUGACAUAAAUGUUCCAGUGAAGCUUCAUAGGAAGCUAUUAGGGUUAAUUGCCAUCAAGGAAUUGAAUGGCUAUGUAUUAUUACGCAAGUAAAUUGAAUGAAGCCUCAUGUAGCGGUUGCAGUAUGAAGGUGCCCCCGGCACCGUCCGAGCCAGCGCCCGCGCCCCCGCCGCCCACAGACCACGCUCCACUUCCUCCCGACUCUGCAAUCUUACAUGGAACUGGAUUAUCUUAUUAUGAUAAUGACGAUUACUACUCAAUGGUUCGAGGCAAUAAGUUCAUAACAGAAACAUCAUGUAAACACAUUGUUGUGAAUGGCGGCAUCAAUUUUAUGUCAACUCAAAAAGUAGAAACACCACAGCUGUCCACUAUGUUGGCACCUGGUAAUAAAGCAGUGGUUGGGCUCAACUAUGCUCAUUGUCCCUCAGAAAAGGACAUUGAGUAUAAAGAUGGUCAAAUAAUCAGCGCUACACUUGAAACUUUAGUGGAUAUGCUCCGUCCGGGAGCAAGCAAGUCGUUUACAUUUACUUUUUUACUGUGCUCGCGGCUCUUUGUCAAGCCUCACGAAUUGCUCAAUAAAUUGUGCAAAAGAUACUUUAAAACUUAUGACAAAAUAGGAAAAGUUGAAGUAAAGGAUAUGAUUGAAAAGGAGCUAAAUGAUAUGGUGUGCUUGGUGCGUGUGCUUAACCAGUGGACCAGUAUGUUCCCUUAUGAUUUUCGCGAUGAUAGAGUAAUGGCGCUUGUAAGGAGCAUAACUCAAAGAUGUGCAGCAGAACAUAUGGGUUCAGUACGCGUGGAAGUAUCGACGAUGUUAGAGAAACUCUUGGAUAAGUUGACUGCUUUGGAACAGUACGAGGAGUCGCUGGUAGAUUUACCACAAGUUACCUCGGUAGAUUCUUUACCACAGGGCGACAUAUUAACGCUGGGUCUGACGCCAGUGGAGUUAGCCAACCAACUGACCUCAGUUGAACUCCGGCGACUCUCAUUCGUGGGCCCCGAAGAAUUUGUGCAGACCUUUGCACCCGCCCAGCCUCCGCAGUCCACCUCCUGCGGGAAGUCUGCCAUCAACCUGCAUCAUGUGGAAACUAAGUCCACGAGGAAUCUGGAGGCUUAUGCGGACUGGUUCAACAGACUUAGCUAUUUAGUGGCUACUGAUAUUUUGAAGUCCGCAAAGAGCAAAUACCGAGCGCGCGUGAUCGAGCAGUGGGUGAUGACGGCGCGCGAAUGCUUCAACCUGGGCAACUUCAACUCGCUGAUGGCGAUCAUUAGCGCGCUCAACAUGGCCGCCGUCACCAGGCUGAAGAAAACGUGGAGUCGCACGUCUGCCGUUUGUGGGCAGCAGCUGAGGCAGCUGGAGUUGUGUGUGGAGCCCAGUGGGAACCAUGCAAGGUAUCGCGCAGCGUUGGCCGCGGCGCCGACGGAGACCGCAGUUCCACUGUUGUCGGUCACGUGCCGGGAUUUACAUUUCGCCAACCAGGGAUCCCCCUCCAAACUGGCCGGCAACCGCGUGAACUUCGAGAAGUGUUCGCUGCUAGCCCGCCAUGUGAGCUCUCAGCUAGCGUCGCGGCGGCUGACAUCAGACGACGCUCCCGCGAGCCCCCCGCCGCCCCCCCUCGCACCCGUCUGGAGGUUCCUCAACGACCGACCGGCCCUCACUGACACUGCAUUGGAACUCACGUCGUUCGAGCGCGAGCCCCCUGUUGACCAUUUGGAGAAAGAAAGAUUGAAACGUCUACGCGGAGCUACUUAAAAGGUGAACCAGAUUUAUGAUUUUAACAUUUUACAUACCAGUUUUCUUUUGGAAAUAAGAAAUUGAAAUUGUAUUUUAUGUUUGCGACUUGAUUGUUGUUAAAACAGCAAUCAAGAUUAUAGUAUAGUUUGAUGUUUGUAACAACAAAUGAACAAUCUGAAUUAUUUAAAUCCUGAACAAGUAUAAGUCAAUAGAUUCAUUGAUAGAAUGUCAAAUUGACGCUAACUUGGCGUUUCAAUAUUUAAUAAUAUUAUAUUAAAUAAUACCGUCGUUGCAGCUGUUUGAUUAUAAAAGUACAUUAUUUACUUUCGACUACUUAUUUUCAAAUGCCCAUAGAUAAAAUAUGAGCACAAAUGAAUUAUAACUAAAUUAAAACAUGUCGUUUAAAAUACUUGAUGUUUGUUCAAUCUAUGGAAUUUGCUAUUGAGGUUAAGUAUUUGACAUAUAAAUUUAAAGUUUUAUCAAAAAGAUUUAUAGUGGACGUAAUUAGAGCCCUUCAAAAUCUUAGUUCCUUAAUCUUCAGUAUUUUUAAACAGUGUUUUACUAGCCAUUUUAAUGAAUCUCGUACUUAAUCGUUCUGAUGUUUGAUCUCAUUUAAAAUUGAUGUUAUAUUUCGGAUAUUUUAUAUAUUGUGUUCGUGUGUGGUCUGGGUGUAAAUGCGAGGAACAGAUAUAUGUAAAUAAAUCUAAACUCUCUCAUAUAACUAAUUGGAAUCCUUCGUGUGUGUUAUUGGAACUACUUGGUUUAGUGUCUCUUGUUAAUAAGAAUUUAAAUAUUUUUGCCAUAAUUUUUCAAAGGAUAAUCUAUAUAAUUUAGGAAUAACUAUUAAAAAUAGUUAAAUAAACAAUAUAAUGUUAUGUUUAAGUAAGGAACGGGGAGACUCCCAUUUUAAGCAACUUUCGUCGUAUAUUUACUAUCGUGCCAUGCUCCUUGUGUUCGGUCAGUUUCUUAUGUUAAGAACUACUGAUACAAUAGAAAUGGGAUCGCUUUAUUUUUAUUUUAUAGAAUAAUUCAAAAUCAGUGCUAGUCUAUUAUGGAAUUCUGUCUAUCUUCAGUUCAGAUCGUAUGCAAUAUGCGUAUUAUCGUAAUAAUAAUAGUUCCUCAAAAAGCACCCAGUGAUGGAUGUGUACAGUUUUUGUAUAAAUUCACAUCCCAUAUGACUGCCCAGCCCACAAAAGCAAUCUGUACUUAUCUAGCAUAGCUAUAAUAGUAAUACAAAAAAUCCUUAUGCGAUAAAUGCAGCGUUUUAAAUGGAAUAAUGUAUUUCCCUUGACAAGAGGCUACAUAUUUUUCAUCGUUUUUACUUUAAGUCGUAAAAAUAGUAUUAAAUUAAUUGGUAAUUAUUAAAUAAGAUUUUAUUUUAAGUGACCACUCAUAAAGCAGCAUCUGUCAUUUAUAUCAGAUACUUCACUGUGUAUUUAUAUCGUAGAUUAGAAUUAUUAUUGAAAUAAUUGUAUUUUAAAUUAAAAUAUAUUUUUUGGUAGUAUAAAAAUUAAAAAUGAUACCCAUGAUAGCUGUGUACAAACCUUCGUUGCCAUGUUUAGGUUUAUUAUUUCGAAAUAUGUUAGCAAUCGUUUAUUUAUGUUAAAUUGUUAUUAUUUUUAAAUAUUUCGUGUUAUUUUGUGCUAGAUGUAUCUACUUAAUUUAGCCCUAAUUUAUAUUGAAGGGAUUUGCAAGUGCAAUUCUCAGUUCGAUAGGUUCAUUGACUCUUGGUGUAACGAUUUUAAGCAUGGAUCAAUCUCUAUCCGAUUAGCCCCAUAAAAAAAAGAAUAAAGCAUAGCAACCUCGCUAUAAUAACCUAAAAUAUAUUGGUACCACUAAUUUAAAUUUUCAUUUUAUAUAUGAACAAUAAUGAAAGAUACUGCUAUUAAAUGAUGGAAGGCAUUGGACCAUUGAAAUCGGGUAAAAUUCUCAUUCCGAAUUCUAUGUGUAGGAUCUAUAUGAAGCGUAUAUAGACUAAACAUAUUGCCAAGGGCGCUUUAGCAAUUAUAGCGAAUUUUAGAUUUAUUUUUAAACUUAUUUGAUUAAGCGAACUGAUUCUCUAAAAGCUGAAGGCUAAUGCAACACCUACCAAUUUCCUCCUCGCUAACUGCGUAACAAGCGCUCAUAUAAAAACAACCGACACAUUCAGAAACUUGUGUUUGAUUUACAAUUAAAUCGUAAAUUGGCAAUUAUCAAUGCUGCUUGUAUAACAAGUGACAAACACCAUCACAUCAUGAGUUAUGAGAUAAUUUGGGACCUGUGGGACACCUAGAUGAACCACCUAGGUGUUCCACGCUUAGCUUUUAGUACACCUGGUCGUCGAAACUUAAAAAACCUUUUUAAAAUUAUUUUCUUAAGAAAAUAGAAAUGCCAAAGUGAGGGGCAGCCGUGCUUUUUUAUAGUGGCAUUUUUAUCACUUGCUCGCCUUUAACAUCAUUCAUAGAUGAUACAUGCUUUAUUCUUAUUUGCAAGGUAUUUGAAAAAAAAACGUAGAUUCAGACACCAUAGAUCUGGGACUCUUAACGAAAGUUCUAAUUGAGCUAUUGUUCAUUUCCGAUUUGAUAAAAUCAUUCUUCAUCGUUCACAUUUGAUCCGACGUCAUGCAGCUGAACGCUUGUUACUAUUGGCACUGGUAAUCGUUACGGAUACAUUAUGAUUUAAUGUAAUUGAACUAGAAUUUAAACCAAACAUAGUGUCGGGUUUCUAUGUUUUAUUAAUUGUAAUGAGCGCUGCCCUCUACCCAAAUCAACAUUAGAGAAUAGUUUUCCUGGACCUUUUAGGUUGCCUGGACUUUUGGCUUAAAUAUUAUUUUAACAGUCUUUAAUUUGUUAAUAUGAAUAAAUAUCAACUGUACCUUAUUACCCAAUACAUUCCUUUCAAAUCAGACUGAAGUUUUUAAUAUUAGCUUGGAAUAUAUAAAUAUAAGUAAUAUAGUAAUGUUAUGACGUGUUGGAAAUAUCAAUCAGUAUUAAAUUAUGUAUACCUAAUAUUCGAUAAUACUCAAAUAUUACUGAAUCCGAAUACCUGUAAUUCAACGAUAGGUAUAGUGUUUAUUUAUGUUGAUAUUAUGUGUAUUGUAAUAAUUAUAAAAUUCAGAUACUUAAAAUAUUGAAACCUGUGAUUUUUGUCUUAGUGUCCCAAACAUUCCAAUUGUUUACUUACUUUUAUUGUCGUAAUAUUGUUACUUUUUCAAACAUAUGACUGAAUUUACUAUAAAUAAAAUACUCAAAGUUGACAAAAACCAACAAAAUUUUAUGUAUUAUAAUUUAUAUUAAAAUAGAUUGUAAAUGGUAUACAAAAGUUUCAAGUUAAUAGAAUAUUUACUUGUUACUGUCAUGAAAUCAUAUAUACGUCGUCCUAUCUAAGGAACCUAAUUGUAAGACCAGAUGAACCGUCAUAUUUUAUAAUAACUGUUUUAAUUUAUCAAAGUUCAUUUAUGUCUUUCAGUCACCUUAUUCCCACCGAUUCCGUUUUUCGGUGACUUUGAAUAAACUAGGUUUUGUAUUUAUGUUAUAUAAAAUAUUAAUAUAUUUUAAUUCAAACACGUUUCAACAGUAACAUACGUAAAAUUUCUUACAUGUCACCUUGCUUAUUCGGACAAUGCAUAAAGAAUGCACAAUGAAUAAAAUUUUUUAAUGUAGUAAGAGAUUGAUUUUGAUUUGUUGGAGAAGAAAUUUGGUUUUAGUCACCAGUGCUAAUUUAAUAUUAUCUAUAUGAAAUGCAAAUAAAAAUCGUUGUGGGACAAAUCGAUUUUAAAUCAUUUAAUCUAGGCACUAUAAAUAAUUAUUUAGAGGUUAUAUUUUAAGAGCUCAAAUAUUUUAAAUAAAUCUGCGCAGAUAUUACCAAUAUUUUUUUUUAUUUCAGUAUCAUCUUUUGCACAUUUUAAAAUAAUAUGCUAGUAUUAGAAAAAAAUCAAACCAUUAUUAGGUAUGAGAGCCAUAAUAUUGUUUUUCAUGCAUUGUACUUUUUAUAUCGCCUUCUGGUAAAAUAAGCGUUUCAGUAGAACUCAAGUCCUUAAUUGCAUGAUUUUCAAUCGUUGCCGAUGUGGUUUUAUUUGUUCGUCACUAAAUGCAGUUACAAAGGUACUAAAAGGACCAUCUAAACGAAGUACUCUGGUUAUUAAAUCCUAUUUGAUAGCAUUUUUGAUUAGGUAUUUCUGUGUAAGCAAAACAUUUACCAUAAAUUAUACUUAACUCGCUUCCAUCCUUAAUAUUCAGUUUAAUUACUUCGUUGGACAUAUAUAAUUUACAACUGAAUGGAUGAUUUAAGCAGGUGGUGACAUUAACAAAUGUGUGCGUUACUAGUAAAAGUUUAAAUAUUUAUUAAGAGUGUGGUAUAUUGUGAAUUGUUCAUAAUAUACAAGUGUUCAUUUAAUUAUUCUAAGAAUAUGUGUACUUUCAAUAAAUUUAUUUGAUGUUCUUUACUGUCGAUAUGAUGUUUUUAUUGUAUAUCUAAACA